UUUUUUUUUAAAGAAAAGAGAAAAUUGCCCUUGACUAAAACUAAUUUUGUCAUUUUAGAGCCAACUCCUUCAGUCUCUCUCUCUUUGAACGCUUCUCCUCUCUCUCUCAAAGUCUUUUUUGUUUCUCCCUCUCUGGAAACUGGAAAGAAGGAAUCUUGGGGUUUUGAACAGUGAAUCUUUGCGGCAUCAGUGUAUCUGGAUUGAAGUUGGAUAUCAUUUGGCUGCCAUUCAAAGGACUAUGUGAGAUCUCUUAUCAUUCACUAUAAGGAAGGAGCGGUGCAAAUUUCUCAUGGCAACUGAGAGUCCAAUUAGAAUUUCAGAAAUGAGUGGAAAAUGGCCCACCCAUCAGGAGGCUGCAGCAUUUUCAGCAUCAUCUACUAAUCUCGCAGCAGAAGAAUUAGGACUGCUUCAAAGGGGUCAUAGGUAUCUUCCAAGUGGAACAGAGGCAGUCCCUAAUCGUAGUGGAAGUGCUCCUCCAAGCAUGGAGGGUUCUUAUUUGGCCAUAGAUAACCUUAUAUCCCAGCAAAACCCCACCGUUAAUGUGAACUCAGCUAGUUUGAACAGUGCACUAGCAAAAUGUCAGUCUGAAGAACAGUUAUGUGCUCAUCCAGCCUACAUAGCAUAUUACUGUUCAAAUGUCAAUCUUAACCCUAGACUUCCUCCUCCACUUAUCUCAUGGAGGAAUCAGCAUCUCAAGCGUCAUAUUGGUAGGUUUGGCAAUAAUCAGGUUUUGAGUUCUAUAGAUGACAGUGGUGAUACUUUUUUGCAUUUCUCAAAAGGCUCUCUUUCUACACACAAUGAAGUGCCAGAGGAUGAUCAGUCGCCCCAUCAAUCUUCGGAUGAUUUGAUAGAAAGCGCUAAUGGGUUUUUGUUUGGACAGGAUGUGGCUUCACUGGUUGGCCAACAGAAAGAACCUGUCAAUUUAGUAAAGGAAAACUUCCCCUGCAUUUCAUCACCUGUAUAUAAUCAGUCUCAACCUCUAAGUUAUGGAAUAACAGAAAUAGAUUAUUGUGACGGUGAUUCCAAUUCCCUGCAUGACCUCUCUAUUACUGCUGCAAGUACUAUUACCUCAACUUUGGACACAGAUAGAGGGCUAUCAUCUAGAGUUGAUCAAAAGACUGUGCCUACUUCAAACUCAUUGUCCCAUCCUUGUACAGCAACUGCAUCAGCCGUGCCUUAUCUUCAAAAAGGAGUUCUACAUGAUAGAGAUAUCCAUCUGAAGGAUGAAGCUAUUGUUGGCGAUGCUAGUAGCUCAGAUGUUUCUGUUAUUGAGUGUGAGAUGAAAGAUCUUAAUAUAUCUACCCUGCGCCUGCAAAAUUCUGAAAAUCAUAAAUAAAAGAAUCAAGAACAAAAGCGACGUCACUACCAGAAUAGUUUGGUCCAACACCAAGGACCAUUACAACAACCAAGCAACCCAUUUCAGGUUCAAACUGCCAAGUCCCAAUCAACUCCUCAGGGACUAAAUGGUGCUUACAUUGGCAUGGAUCAGUUUAUGCAAGCCCCCUCCAAGUUUGCAGCUGAGGUACAGCCGGUACUCCAGUCAUCUGGGUUCACACCACCAUUUUAUGCAACUGCAGGAUACAUGACUACACCAAAUCCGUUUUAUACAAAUGUUCAAGCUCCAGGUUUACCUUCUCCUCAGUAUGGUGUAGGUGGAUAUGGUUUUAAUUCUUCUGCUGUUCCCCCAUUUAUCACUUACCCACCUAGUGGUGCUAUUCCAUUUGUUUUUGAUGGCUCUAUGGGUCCAAACUUCAAUUCACAGAUGCCUGGUGUUUCAUCUGGUGGAAGCAUUGCAAAUGGAGCUGAUAUGCAACACCUUAACAAGUUCUAUGGGCAGUUUGGAUAUGCAGCCCAAUCUUCCUUUGGUGACCCACUUUAUAUGCAAUGUUUCCAACAGCCAUUUGGGGAAGCGUAUGGUAUUUCUGGUCAAUAUGACCCUAUGGCUAGGGGUGGCAUCGUUGGGAGCCAGAAUAGUGGUUUUGACUCUCAUAAAGGGUCUAACCUUGCUGUUUGCACAGAGGAUCAGAAAUUACAACAUCAGCGAGGUGGAGGAUCAAGUAAUCUGAAUACAGGUAGAGGAGGGUUGAUGAGCCCUCAUUACGUUGGAAACCCUCAAAACAUGAUACAAUAUCCGUCUGCGUCGUUUGCUAGUCCAUUUAUGCCUGGAUCUCAAGUAGCAGGGACAGGUGUUCCUGUUGGGAAGAAUGACAUUAGAUUUGCAGCUAGUUCUGGUGUAUAUUCUGGAUGGCAACCUCAAAGAGGAUUUGAGAGUUCUAAUGACCCCCAGAUAUAUAAUUUUCUUGAAGAGUUGAAAUCUGGGAAAGGCCGAAGAUUUGAGCUAUCUGAUAUUGUAGGACAUGUUGUUGAAUUCAGUGCUGAUCAACAUGGGAGUCGAUUUAUUCAGCAAAAGUUAGAAAAUUGUAGCAUUGAGGAGAAGGCAUCUGUAUUCAAAGAAGUUCUUCCACAUGCUUCCAAACUAAUGACUGAUGUCUUUGGUAACUACGUUAUUCAGAAGUUUUUUGAGUAUGGAAGCCCUGAGCAGAGAAAGGAACUUGCCAAUAAGCUUUCUGGUCAGAUUUUGAAUUUUAGUCUGCAAAUGUAUGGCUGUCGUGUAAUACAAAAGGCACUUGAAGUUAUUGAUCUUGAACAAAAAGCUCAGCUUGUUCGUGAACUGGAUGGACAUGUUAUGAGAUGUGUACGUGAUCAAAAUGGAAAUCAUGUCAUACAAAAGUGCAUUGAGAGUGUCCCUACAGACAAAAUUGGGUUUAUAAUUUCUGCUUUUCAUGGUCAAGUUGCAACACUUUCUACUCAUCCUUAUGGUUGCCGUGUCAUACAGAGGGUUUUAGAACAUUGCACAGACGAGCAGCAAUGCCAGUUUAUAGUGGAUGAAAUCUUGGAAUCUGUUUGUGCUCUUGCUCAGGACCAAUAUGGGAAUUAUGUUACCCAGCAUGUAUUGGAGAGGGGAAAGCUUCAAGAAAGAAGCAAAAUUAUUAGCAAGUUGUCUGGGUAUAUUGUGCAACUGAGCCAGCAUAAAUUUGCAUCAAAUGUUAUUGAGAAAUGCUUGGAAUAUGGUGGUCCCUCUGAACGAGAACUAAUAGUUGAGGAGAUUGUUGGACAUACUGAGGGAAAUGAUAAUUUAUUGAUAAUGAUGAAGGACCAAUUUGCAAAUUAUGUUGUCCAGAAGAUUUUUGAAACAUGUACAGAUAAUCAACGAGCAGUACUGCUUAGUCGCAUCAGAUUGCAUGCUCAUGCUUUGAAAAAAUAUACUUAUGGAAAACACAUUGUUGCUCGGUUUGAGCAGCUAUUUGGAGAAGAAAAUCAGACUACAGGGUCUUGAUACAGACAUUAAGGGAGUUUCUGGGAUGUCCUCCAAGUGCUGUUGAGGCUGGGAAAGCAUUGCAGUGAAGGCCUGUUCAUUGAACGGUUCGAAGUCUUGACAUGGGUUCCUCGGCUGGUGGAUCUAACGAUGGGUGUCAGAUGGCUAAGCCCAAUGAUGUCCCCUGCUGCAGGAAGUUUCAAUCAUUAGUGACAGUGACAGGGUUUAUAAUGUUCAACCAGUAAAUAUAUGUAUAUCUAUCCAUGUUUAUGUUUGCGUAGCAUAAUUAUUCUACCUGAAAAAGAAAAUGAAAAAGGAAAAAUAGAAUUAUGGGAUUCUAUGUAGGAGAUUGCAAUAUAUUUUUAAGGGGAAUUACUUGGAACUAGAAACUUGGAAGGAAGCCCUUCCUGAUGCUGUAAAAUUAUUUACUGCAACUGUUAUGCAUGUGUGGUUUUAAUGGAAAAGAAAAAGAGUAUGGGAUCUGGAAUUUA